AUGGAGAAAAACAAUGAAACGUCUGGGGGAGAUUUUAUUUUGCUCGGAUUCUCAGACCAGCCACAAUUAGAGGUAGUCCUUUUUGUGGUUGUCUUGGUAUCCUAUCUUCUGACCCUCAUGGGUAACACAGCCAUCAUACUGCUUUGCAUUGUGGACUCAAAACUCCAUACACCUAUGUAUUUCUUUCUCACAAAUCUCUCCUUUCUUGACCUUUGCUUCACUACUAGUGUUGUUCCUCAGCUAUUGUGGAAUCUAAAGGGACCAGCUAAGACCAUCACACGUGUUGGCUGUAUCAUACAACUUUAUGUAUCUCUAUCUUUGGGUACUACUGAAUGUGUACUCCUUACUAUCAUGGCACUUGAUCGCUACGUGGCUGUCUGCAAACCUCUCAAUUAUACUACUAUCAUGCACCCAGCAUUCUGCAAGUCCUUAGCAGGAAUAGCAUGGCUAAGUGGAGUAGGAAACACUCUCAUCCAGAGCACCAUCAUCCUUCAACUUCCCAGAUGUGGGCAUCAUCGCCUUCACCACUUCUUGUGUGAGAUUCCUGCUAUGAUCAAGCUUGCAUGUGUUGACAUCCGUGCAAAUGAAGUCCAGCUUUUUGUGGGCACAUUAGUGUUGCUCCUUCUUCCCAUGGCACUGAUCUUAGUCUCUUAUGGACUCAUUGUUCAAGCAGUGAUAAAAAUUAAAUCAGUCCAAGCAUGGCGGAAGGCCCUAGGGACCUGUGGCUCCCAUUUAAUAGUGGUGUCUCUUUUUUUUGGAACCAGUUCUGCUAUAUACAUACAACCAAAGAGAUCUUAUGGCCACAGCCAAGGCAAGUUCCUCACACUGUUUUACACCGUUGUGACACCCACACUCAACCCCCUUAUAUAUACUCUGAGGAACAAAGAUGUGAAAGGAGCCCUGAAGAGAUUGCUGAGAAAAGAACAAAAUUUAUGA